AUGCCGAAGCCGACGCUGCUGCUGCGCGGGGGCUGGGAGCGCGAGCGCAGCCCCGGGGACUCGGAGCUGGGCCGCCAGUUCCGGGACUGGUGCCUGCGCACCUACGGCGACUCGGCCAAAACCAAGACAGUGACACGCAGCAAAUACCAGCGGAUCGCCGAGGUCCUGCAGGGCGGCGGCGGGACCGGCGCGGGCAGCGGCCCCGCGGCGGGCGAGAAAGGCAAGUUCCAGUUCUGGGUGCGCUCCAAAGGCUUCCGCCUGGGCAGCGGCCGGGAACCCAAGAUGGGCCAAGUGGUGUAUGUGCCGGUCAAGACGGGCUCGGGGGCAGAUGGCCUGUCGGAGCCCGAGGGCAUCUCUCUGAAGCGGGUCGCUGUGGUGGAAGAUUUCUUUGACAUCAUCUACUCAAUGCACGUGGAGAGCUCCUCGGAGCCAGGCAAAGCCCCCAAGCACGCUGGGCAGAAGAAAACCUACCGAGCGAUCGCAGAGACCUACGCCUUCCUCCCCAGAGAGGCCGUGACCCGCUUCCUGAUGAGCUGCACGGAAUGUCAGAAGAGGAUGCACUUCAAUUCCAACGGCCUGGAGCCCAAAGAAAACGAGCCUCCAUCUCCUCUGGUCUCCGGGAUCAUUGAUUACAACAUGCCCCUCACCUCCACCUACUUGAAGCAGAUGAAGCUGCGGGUGAUGAAUUCCCAGGAGCAGGAUGAGACUUCUGUGAGCAGUGAAGAUUUUGAUAUGAAUGACUCCACAUGGAUGUCAGCUGACCCCCACCUGGCCUCCAGCCUGAGUCCCAGCCAGGAAGAGAGGAUGCGGAGCCCACAGAACCUCCACAGCCAAGAGGACGAUGACUCCUCCUCUGAGAGUGGCAGUGGCAAUGGCUCCUCCACCCUGAACCCAUCCACGUCCAGCAGCACACAGGGCGACCCUGCCUUCCCAGAGAUGAACGGCAACGGCACGGCAGCCCCCAUGGACUUCACUGCCACUGCUGAGGAUCAACCCAUCAACCUGUGUGACAAGCUCCCGCCGGGGUCUGGGCUUGGCACACCCUCCUAUGCCUCGGAUGGCUGCGGCACUGACGGGCUACGGAGCCGUGUCAAGUACGGAGUGAAGAACACUCCUGAGUCCCCGCCCUACAGCUCUGGGAGUUUUGAUUCUAUCAAGACCGAGGUCAGUGGCUGCCCCGAGGACCUAACAGUAGGCCGGGCCCCCACAGCGGAUGAUGAUGACGACGACCACGAUGACCACGAGGACAAUGACAAGAUGAAUGACUCUGAGGGCAUGGACCCGGAGCGACUCAAGGCCUUCAACAUGUUUGUGCGGCUCUUUGUGGAUGAGAACCUCGACCGAAUGGUGCCCAUCUCCAAGCAGCCCAAGGAGAAGAUCCAGGCCAUCAUCGAGUCCUGCAGCCGGCAGUUCCCCGAGUUCCAGGAGCGGGCCCGCAAGCGCAUCCGCACAUACCUCAAGUCCUGCCGUCGCAUGAAGAAGAACGGCAUGGAGAUGACCAGACCCACACCUCCCCACCUGACCUCGGCCAUGGCAGAAAACAUCCUGGCAGCUGCCUGUGAGAGCGAGACGAGAAAAGCAGCCAAAAGGAUGCGCCUGGAGAUCUACCAGUCCUCACAGGACGAGCCCAUAGCCCUGGACAAGCAGCACUCCCGGGACUCCGCAGCCAUAACCCACUCCACCUACUCACUGCCAGCCUCCUCCUACUCCCAGGACCCUGUGUACGUCAAUGGCGGCCUCAACUACAGCUACCGUGGCUAUGGGGCCUUGAGCAGCAACCUGCAGCCCUCAGCUUCCCUCCAGACAGGAAAUCACAGUAAUGGGCCCACGGACCUCAGUAUGAAAGGCGGGGCCUCCACCACUCCCACCCCUCCAACGCCCACCCCCUCCAGCAACAGCACCAGCAGGACCAUGUCCACUGCCCAGCUCAGCCCCACAGAGAUCAGUGCUGUGCGGCAGCUCAUCGCUGGCUACAGAGAGUCUGCGGCCUUCCUGCUGCGCUCUGCCGAUGAACUGGAAAACCUCAUUUUACAGCAGAACUGACCCCACUGGCCCCCAGAGUGCACUAUGCCAGGGAAGGAGGCUAUCCCAGCCUGGACCUGGCUUCCUGCCUCACCAGUUGGUACACUAUUUUCUGAAAGAGGUGGGAUCCAAAUGAGCUGUUUCUAGCCACACUCCAAGCACCUGAAACUUUGGGCACAAGGACACUUUCUUUUUGGAAUCUCACCACACAGGUGCUCUGACCUGCUUGGAAGAGGCCAAUGAGGCAGCUCUGGAAGGGUUGGGGUUCCCCUGACAAAGUGCUGGGGCCUGCAGCUCUAUUUAGAAUCACCUUUGUGGACCCUGAUGUUAGAAUCCCACCCCCAGAUAAUUACCUUCAAGUCUUAGGUGAGCAGAAUUGCAUAUUUAUUGAGAAAAACAAAGUGGACCCUUUCUUCCCCUCCCUUUAGUAAUUUAUUUUUCUGAAAAUGGAUUCUUUUGUGUUUGUACAGAUUGCCAGUCUGUGUCUGUCUGAUCAGAAGGAUGUAUCCCUGUACCUAACAUUCCAUAUCACUACACUGACGCGGGCUGGAGGCUGGCAGGGGCAGGGCAGGUGCCAGGCUAGCUGUGCCUCUAAGUGCCCAGCACACCCUGGGGAAGUCCACCACAACCCCUCCAUCAGGCUGUCCUGUUGCAGAUCCCAGUGCCGCCACAGGGACGUUGCCAGGCACUGCCAAGCAGGAGAACCUUGCCCACAACCACUGCAAAGCAAAACAAAAGGCACCCACCCAUUCUACAGAGCCCCCGUUACACGGUCACCUGUAUUCUACCUCACACUCCAGCGUGGGCUUUUCCAGGAUGUGCCCUGAGCCUGUUCUGAAUGGCUGUCUCCCCAACUCCCACACAGUGUGUGUGCCUGGGAGGUAAGUCAGACCAGGUAUCCAGGAGCCCAGAAAGGGUCUGCCCCUCACAACCAGCAGCUUGCAGUCGCCUGGCUCUCUCGGCUGCCUGACAGGACAGAGUGCCACCUGCCAAGAAGGGCUGCUGCUUCAGGGUGUUCUCCUGGCUGUCAGACAGCAUCUGUCCCCUCACCCCAUGGCUGGAGUAAAGAGAUGGUCAGUGGAAGUGGAGAAACCACUUGGGUUCUCCUUAGGACCAGCCUUUCUUCUGGAGGGUCCAGUCCUGGAGAAACCCAGAGUCCCUGGAGUGUGAAAAAGAGCAGAAAGAAAAGGCUGGCCUGGUUCCCUCCUCCCUGUUAGGCACUUCCUCUUGCUCAGUGCAAUACCUACCAGUGCUGCUAAAACCAGGGAUUUACCCAGACCUCAGCAGGCCCAUGGGGCCUCUCCACACAACACUCCGUAGCCAUGACAGCAGCAAUCUGCUGCCUGCCCCUGCCCAGAACUGGCAGAAGCCCUGUUGCCUUGCCUUCCUCAAAGCAAAGAGGCCCCAGGGGAGCCAGGAAUGAGUGGACCCUAGGAUGGCCACGGAGAGUCACUUGAUCCCAGGACAGGCGCCCCUUCCUGAACCAGCUUUUAUGCAGCGACUGCCUAUGGUAGCUGUGGCUGCUCCCUGUUAGAACUGUGGCAGACCAGACCACUCCUCAACAGGAGGGGAGGGCAGGCUGCACAGGUGUGGAUGUCACACCCUGCUCAAACCCAGGGCUGCAAGGCAGGGCACCUCGCACGCACACUUUCACCCUGAGGCUGGGGUGGUCUCACGUGGCCUCCAACACCCACUCAGCCACACCACCUCUGCCUUCCAUGUGCCCGGUCCCCAGGCCUCUGGUCAGGGCCAGGACACCUGAGCCCCCCUCAGCACAGCACAAGCUCCAGUGCCCAAGGCCUCCCCUACAGCCGGCCAUCCACAUGCCCAGUCCCUACCUGCUCAGUACAGCUCCCCAACUAUGUUUGAAUUUGUGUAAAUAUUUUUGUGUGUGAACAAUACUACAAAGUAAUCAAUAGAUAUUUUGCAAAAUAUUACCCUGGGCAAUUUGUGAAAAUCUUAAUGUUAAAAACUGGCAGAGACAAUCGCCGCCCCAGAAUUCCUGGUUUCAGUUGCUUAACGUGUCAUGUCAUUUCCCCUCCCAGAGGCGGUGCCCAAGCUAGACACAAAUGGUCUGCAUUUCUUGGCAAACAGGAGAGAGACUGGGAAGGGGCUCCUCCCUUCACCCCACAGGAUGUCUGUAAGGAUCAGCAUUAAGCUACAGCUUGCAGUCACCUUUCCUGAGAGCAAGCUGUUGUGACUAACCACCGUCAGCCCACUUCUGGCUGCGGUGUAAGCAUAGUAGGUUCCAUGUGUUUUAAAGAAAAAGGGAACAAAUGCCAGUGGUGAUGGUCCCCUGGGACCCCGGGGGGCCUCCAGGACAGUGGACUCUUAUCAUGCUGACCUCUUAGGUGGAUUCCUUCCCAGAGAGUCAGGCUGGACCUGAAGCACCAGAGAUGGCUAGGUCAAGAGCAAGUAACUGUGGAAACAGGAUUCCAUUAACCAGUCCAGUCAGGGAACUUGUUCUGUUUUGCUUUUGUAUUAAAAGAUGCAACUACCAAGCCCUUCCCUCUACACCUGACUUGGAGAGCACCACGACUGGUUCUGAGGGACCCAGCUUGCUGCCAUCCCACCCUCAGUAAGGGGCUGCCUUCCCCCAAAGGGAGCCCCAAAGCCCUGACCCACAGCCACUUACAUUUUGUGGAGGUCUCAGGGCACAAAGUAGUCAUUAGUGGACCCAAGUUAAAAAGCAAACACAAGAGUACGAUACACCAAUCCCCAGAGUCUUUGCAGGGGCUGAUCCCAUGAGCAGGGUAGAAGUAGGCACUUGGUCUCAUUGGUGGCUCAUAUAAUAGACCAGUGACAGUUCUGUGAGACCCAUCUGAAAUCAUUUUCUCAUCACUACUCAACAGUUUAUUCCCAAGAUGGUGUUGGGGGAGGAGAGCAGGCAGGGCUAGGCAGGUCUUAGAGGAUUUGGAUAAGUGUGACCCAUCCGUCCCUCGCUAUUCUCAAGGGCCGCGUACGACUCCAGGGGUGGUUAUAGGACUAACUACCCGUUCAUUUUCAAAAUGCUGCUUUGAACUCAGAGGGUUGAUACUUUUAAUUUGUAAUUUUUUGUAAAACUUUUUACAAGAUAGUAAAGUAUUUCACCAGAAUACCAGUUUCAAUCCGCCCGUGGUCUGAUUUUUAUAUAAUUUAGUGGUGCUUUAGAAACUUUGUUUUGUUGUUUCUGAGCUCAACAGCUCUAUCUUUUCUCGCCUGUAUCUACCUAAGACCAAUGUGAACCUUUGUAUUUUGCUCCUAAUUUUGGACUCAGUGGAAGUGUACUGUUUACAUGUACAGACGCCCCAUCCCUGUGUGUUCUGCAAGACUCGCUCUUGAGGAGGAAGAUGCACCUCACUAAGCUCAUCUGCUUAGCAAAGCCACAAAACAAAACCUCUCACUUUCUACUUGUUUCCACCUAAAAACAGAAACAAAUGUACACCACACGCAGAUUUGCUGACAAACUCCACCUGGUAGACGCCCAUGUGCCUCUAUCACGUGUCCUUAGGAGAGGAGUCAGGGUAGCACCUCUUGUGGCAAGUGGUUAACGCACAGACAGAGCCGUGAAGGCAGGACAUGGUUGCUGGGCUCUGAGAGGAACACAGUUAUCCAGGUCAGCUUGGCUACAGGAAGGUCAGGAUGACUUACGAGGCCUCCAGGAGCAAGCCAACCAGGAUUUAGGGACAACCCACAAGGCUGCCAAUCCUCUAGCAGAAUUUAGACAUGUUUCAGAAGAAUACAAGUUCUGUGUCAGAGGCUCUGACUUUCAGUGCAGAUGGUACAGGCACCUCUUCAGGGCUCCAUCAGGAGCCACCAGCUCUGGGGUGGGGCUGGGGAGUCCAGACAGUAAGCAUAUGGCACUUACAGAAAGCACUGGAUGGCACCAACUUUCAAGGUGACUGUUUUUCAAUGGCUUCGCCUCUAAAUUAUAUUUUUACAGAUAUGCACCUAUGCAACUUAACGUGGCUCUUCUAAGCAGGUGAGGACUUCCUCCUCAUUGCUCUCUAUAAAGUAUUUGUGUUCUGUAUAGUGAGUUUUUCCAGUAAAUGUGGCUUAAUAUUUUAAUUCUUAGAAUGUGUCUUCUACGUGAUGCGACUAAAUUCUGUUUUGUUUGUGGAAUGACUAGCACAGGCCGAUUCCCUCUCUCCCUCACUUUAACAGAAGACCAAUGAGCUGUUAAUCGAGCUGUUAUCUCCAUGGUAUUACUGCUAAAUGCACUGAUUUCAUAAGUCUGUGGAAUCCUUUUCCUUUUGAAUCUGUAUAUCAUAUAUAAGACUGAAUCUACGUAAUAAACA